GUACGUAUUUAUUCGUGUUUUUCAGGGUAACGAAUAUUCGCCGAAUAUUUUUUUAAAUCUUCUAAUAUUCGCCGAAUAGCGAAUAAUUAUUCGUUACUGAUUUUUUCUUUAAAAAUUCAAAAACAUUAAAUAUUUAUAAUUUUAUUUUAAUUUUUGACAUCUUCUUCUUUUAUAAUUUGACUCUCAUUUACUUUUAUUGCCUCAGAAGUUGCUAUAACGCGGAUGCUGAUUCCAUGUUUACUUGCACAUUUUGCAAGAAUUUCUUGUGAAGCAUUUUAAGAAUCAUGCGAAACUUGCUCAUGACAAGGUUUGAUGAAUUUGCUUGGAGUUGGGAAAUAUUAGCUGCGUUCGAAUCAGUAUCGUUUUGUUACAUCAUCGGGAUCUACAGGCUGUGUAAAAGCAAAUGAUUCGACAUCGACGAUUUUGCAAAUUUUGAUCUUAAUGUCUUUAUCACAAAUUUUACAUGUAGAAAUGUCGAACCACGACUUCUUUUUUUCAUUGAAAUUUUCAUUUUCGUAACGUUUAAAUAAAGUUUUCGAUUGCUUUUUAUCUACUUGUAAUUUGCUUAAAUUAUAAAAAUAAAAGUUGAUAAAUUUAAAGCAGAAAAAAAUUAUCAUAUUUUAGGAUAAUUUUGAAAGUUAAUUUGUCCAUUUUCGAAAUUUUCGCUAAAUCUAGGAACAAAAAUUGAAUCAAAAAAAUAACGUACCGAAUAUUCGUACGAAUACACGAAUAUUCGUAUUCGCCGAAUACGUACCCUAGACAGCAACAAUUUCCGA